AUGUGUCAUGAAUUUGAGGUGGUGAUGAAAAGUAAGUUUGAGAUGAGUGCAAUGGAUGAGUUAUCAUUCUUUUUGGGGUUGCAAGUUGAACAAAAGAAGGAUGGGAUUUUUAUUCAUCAGACGAAGUAUGUGUAUGGCAUUUUGACUCGUUUCAAGAUGGAGGAUUGCGCAACUUUCAAUACACCCAUUUGUGAAAAUCACAAUAUUGGACUAGAUGCUGAGAGUGUGGAGGAUGUUGAUCCAACUCAAUAUAGGGCCAUGAUUGGAUCGUUGAUAUAUCUUACUGCUUCAAGACCAGACAUUAUGUUCGUUAUAUGUCUGUGUGCCAGAUAUCAAGCAAAUCCGAAGGAGUCACAUAUGAAGGCGGUGAGGCGAAUUCUACUUUACUUGAAGGGAAAACCUAAGUUUGGGUUAUGGUACCCUGCUGAUAGUGACUUGAAGUUUAUUGCAUACAUUGGUUCGGAGUUCGGAGGAUGUAAAUCAACAAGAAAAUCUAUCACAGGUGGUUGUCAGUUCUUAUGGGGGAAGACUUGUGUCAUGGUAACUGUUGAUCUCAAGUUCUGUGGAUACAAUAGCAGAUGUGCGAUUUUGGUUUGA